UUUUAUUAUAUUUAUAUAUUUUUUAUUAUAUCACAUAUACUCACUUAGAUAUGCUUAGUAUAAUUCUAUAUGAAUUAGAAAUAAUGAUUCUAAGAUACCUUUAUAACAAUAUAAAUAACAAUAUAACAAUAACAGGUAAAAAUAGUAAAUCCAGGUAUCCAUUUUAUGACAAAUUUACCCUCUUUUUUUGUGCCUUUCGUGGGCCUAAUAUUGCCGGCAAUUGCGAUGGCUUCUUUAUCUCUUCAUAUUCAAAAAAACAAGAUUUUUUAGAUAUCGAUAUGAUGGGGCUAAAUCUCAUCUAUUUUGUUUUUUUUUUUUUUCAAGAUUUAGACUUAGACCAUAACACAGAUAUCUAUUUCUUAGAAUAAAAUAUGUGAUGUGGGUUCCCCCGAACAUAAAGAAACUAUUAUUGUUAUUCGUGUGUAAACAUGAUAUAUGAGUAAAUAAAUUAUAGCUAUUUGCAACGAAAUCAAAUCGGGAUCGGGGCGAAUGCCUUAAAUGUAAAGUGAAUAUAUCUAUAUGUAUGUGGAUAUCUAUAGGAAAUCAUACGAAAUGGAUAUUAUUAUUUUAUAUCUAACCAAUUCGAUGAAUUACUCCUAAAAUAAAAGUUCACAUCAGAAUAGUGCUAGUUGAUGAGAGUUAUUUCGGAAACACACAAAAAGUCAAAUUAAUUUGGGUUAUUCUCUCAAUUUCAAUAAAAUGCAACUAGAUCUAGUAUGAAUUGGCGAUCAGAACAUAUAUGGAUAGAACUUAUAGCAGGGUCUCGAAAAACAAGUAAUUUCUGCUGGGCCUUUAUCCUUUUUUUAGGUUCAUUAGGGUUUUUAUUAGUUGGAAUUUCCAGUUAUCUUGGUAGAAAUUUGAUAUCUUUAUUUCCGCCUACGCAAAUCAUUUUUUUUCCACAGGGGAUCGUGAUGUCUUUCUACGGAAUUGCGGGUCUCUUUAUUAGCUCUUAUUUGUGGUGCACAAUUUCGUGGAAUGUAGGUAGUGGUUAUGAUCGGUUCGAUAGAAAAGAAGGAAUAGUGUGUAUUUUUCGUUGGGGAUUUCCUGGAAAAAAUCGUCGCAUCUUCCUCCAAUUCUUUAUGAAAGACGUACAGUCCAUCAGAAUAGAAGUGAAAGAGGGUAUUUAUGCUCGUCGUGUCCUUUAUAUGGAAAUCGGGGGCCAUGGCGCUAUUCCUUUGACUCGUACUGAUGAGAAUUUGACUCCACGAGAACUUGAGCAAAAAGCUGCUGAAUUGGCUUAUUUCUUGCGUGUACCAAUUGAAGUAUUUUCAAAAAUGAAUUGAAACUGAAAUGAAAAGAAUGAAUGCUUUUUUUAUUUUCAAUAGAGAGAUUAUAUCUUGUAGAUUCUCUUUUUUUUUGUUUUGUCAAUCAAUCUUUCUUUUUAUCCCUUUUUGUACUUCUUAAUUACCAAACGAUUGGGAUGCUUAUAACGAUAGCUUUUUUGUCUUGUUUUGGUAGUCAUUUUUUUUAUCAGAAUCACAAUAUUCUUCAGAAAAUUCUCUCAAUUAUUCCCGGACUAUGCGUCGUUUUUUUUUUUCAAAAAAUUGGAUAUUUUGAUAGAAAGAGAGUUCUUUCGUUUCAAAAUCUGAAUAAUAUUUGUUACUUGAAGGGGCUCUUUCAUGCAUUUCUUUAUUGAAAGGGGUCACUCUCUUCGAAUUUUAGCAAGUGAUAGAUUUGGAAACAAUCACUUGCUAAAAUUCGAAGUGGAUUCUUUUUUAUUCCAUUUCUGUAUUAUUUAUAAAUUCAAGUACUAACCGCUGAAUCAUACACAAAAAAAGCGGGGAAUAGAUUCGUGGGCUCGAUAACUUGUAAUAGAACUGAUCCUUGAUAGGAAUAUUAGUUAGUAUCGUAUAGCGUCAACGAAUGGGGUGAGUUCAUUAAAAAUUCAAAGACGAAAAAAUGGCAAAAAAGAAAGCAUUCAUUCCCCUUCUAUAUCUUGCAUCUAUAGUAUUUUUGCCCUGGUGGAUCUCUCUCUCAUUUACUAAAAGUCUGGAAUCUUGGGUUACUAAUUGGUGGGAUACUAGGCAAUCCGAAAUUUUUUUGAAUGAUAUUCAAGAAAAGAGUAUUCUAAAAAAAUUCAUAGAAUUAGAGGAACUCUUACUCUUGGACGAAAUGAUAAAGGAAUACCCGGGAACACAUCUAGAAAAGCUUCGUAUCGGAAUCUACAACGAAACGAUCCAAUUGAUCAAGAUGCACAAUGAAGAUUGUAUCCAUACGAUUUUGCACUUCUCGACAAAUAUGAUCUGUUUCGUUAUUCUAAGUGGUUAUUCUAUGCUAGGUAAUGAAGAACUUGUUAUUCUUAACUAUUGGGUUCAAGAAUUUCUAUAUAACUUAAGCGACACAAUCAAAGCCUUUUCCAUUCUUUUAGUAACUGAUUUAUGUAUAGGAUUCCAUUCGCCCCACGGUUGGGAACUAAUGAUUGGAUCUGUCUACAAAGAUUUUGGAUUUGCUCAUAAUGAUCAAAUUAUAUCCGGUCUUGUUUCUACCUUUCCGGUCAUUC